AUGCAUUACAAAGUGAUAGUCGCAUUGGCCGUACUUACAUUUGUGACAGUGGAGAGCGGCCCAGUGCAGAGAGCACCAUUAGAGUUGGUGAAUUUCAUCGCACUGGAGGAGCCGUGCGUACGGCAAGGGGGACUGUGCCGGCUAAUUGAGGACUGCCCCCAAGGCAACCUGGUGCAGAUGAGAGGUGUACUCUGCCCCAAACAUCGGCACCUCGGUGUCGAGUGUUGCUAUGUU